AUGGUGGUGUAUGACCGAGUGAGUUCGCUCGCGGUUCGGCGGCUUCUCGCGCCAGCGGGGGCCCUCAAACAAGGAUGGAAGGGUGGCGAACAACAGAUGCGAUCCAUCGUCCACAAAUCGAUCCUUCAACUCCCGGAAAACUACCCUCAACCAUGGGACUACAAGAAUAAAGGAUAUCAAUACACGGAUGCGCCAUUCGAUUGCACGCAGGACCGUUUCACGCAGAAUUCACGUCUCAUCGUUGUUGAGGGAAACGUCGCUUCCGGAAAAUCGUCUCUUGCUCGUCAAUUGGCUGAUCAACUCGGCUUCUAUCACAUGCCCGAGUUCAAGAUGGACGAUGUGCUCAUUGAUCGAUACGGGAAUGAUCUUCGCAAGUUCUAUCACUUGUUUCCAAAGAGAUUCCGCAUUCCCGAUAUGCAGAUGUUCUACAAGAAUCCAAUGGAUGAACUGUCGGCGGCCAUGCAAGAGAGAAUCUUCCGGUGUCGAUUCGAUCAAUAUCUCAACGCUUUGGCUCACAUCAUGAAUACGGGACAAGGAGUGGUAUUGGAGAGGGCUCCCCAUUCGGAUUUCGUCUUCGCGAACGCAAUGCGAGCCAAGAACUACAUCGGACACGAGUUCUUCAAGUACUACUACUUUGUGCGGAAGAAUGCUUUACCAAAGCUCAACUUUUGGCCACAUCUUGUCAUCUAUUUGGAUGUCCCAGUGGCAAAGUGCAUGGAGAACAUCCGAAAACGAGGCAAAGUUGAGGAAAUUGCUUGUCUGGAUGAGGAGUACUUGGGAACGAUCGAGGAAUCGUACAAGGAUUCACUCCGCGAGUAUCGAAAACAUUCGAAAAUUCUUGCAUUUGACUGGUCGACACCGGGAGAUGUUGACAGUGUGGUUGAAGACAUUGAGGCCACUGAUCUGGACUUUUUCGAAUGGCACAGUGGAGAUGUGUUUGAGGAGUGGCAUGCUCCAGUCGAUGAGAUCACCUGGAAUGGCUGGAGACAAUACGUCACUUCCAAGAGCAACGCCCACUUCUAUGCCUUUGAUGGAAUUGAAACACAUGACGUUGGCGAGUUGUACAUCAACCCUCGAGAUGCCGGUCAUUUCUUGCAAGUAAUGCGACAAGAAGUGCUCAAGUCACCAUACGCCUAUGGAUACAAUCUGAAGAAAGGCGAUGAAAUGGCAGGAAUGGACAACUGGAGGACGUUCCACGUGUUACCUGAGAAAUGGUACGAGUAUUGGUGGAAAGAGCUGUGGUACGAUAACUGGAACGCCAUGGAGCUCGUUAUAGAUCCACAAAUGAAGAACCUCGACCCAGAUUACCUACACGCUCAUCAU